ACUCCUGGGGGCACGUUCAGAGGCAGACUUGGGGUCCUAGUACUUGACGGUCGGCCACUCUAUGGAUGUCAACCCUGGCUUUCUUCAGGGGGACGAAGCCCGCCUACAAAGCCUGGUAACAUCCAGGGGACAGUUCUCCACUGGGCUUCGGCAAGUCCCUGAGCAUUGUCCCUUUUGGAUGCCAUGCUCCCUGCUGCUGGACUUGAGGCCAGCGGGAGGGGGACCGCGUCUCCCGUCCCUGGAGGACCAGCCCACAUCGGCGGUUCAGGAAACCUCAGUGAGACGAGGGCGGCAGGAGCCCACUUGUAACGCGCUCUCCAGAUACAAGAGGCUCGCCACCCACCACGGGGGGAGAACCCUGGGUGUGGAAGCGCCGUAUCUGAUAAAGUUUCCAGUGCGGUGUGUCUGGUGGGGCUGCAAAAGCCAAUGGCGGGGCUGAAAAAAAAUGAUCCCACACUUUUUCGUUUUUUUGACCAGAGUCAUCUUUUAACAUAAAGCACGACUGCUUCCUGUCGUCAUUUCCCGAGUUUCUUUUCUGCCUUUUAAAAGCAGGGCGACCUCUGUACACCAGUCAUGCUUCGAAGUCCCUUCCGACCUUCUCCCUCCCCUCUGCGAGCAUGAGGCGCGUCUUUCUGUCCUGGGUGACGGCAGCGGUCCUCCUGCUGGGACAUCUGAGCGCCUCGGGAGAAACGGAGCUGGGGGCAUUGCCGCUUCAGAUCAUCAACUUUAAUUUCGAAACCGUGCAGGUGACAUGGAACACGACGGAAUACUCAGGAACCAACUGGACGUUCUUCUACAAAUUACGAGACAACGAGGACUACAGAGAGUGUUCCAACUACACCCUUCGACAAGGCUCCACCACCGGGUGCAUCCUGGCCGUAGAAAAAGAUGAACUUCUCUAUUUUUCCAUCAGGCACGGAGCAGGCUCUCUUCUCGACAAGACACAAUGGAUCAGCAGUUACCUGAAACCCAGGUCCCCGCGCGGGCUGACCUUCCAGUGGCAUCAGGGAGCCGUGACGGUGACGUGCUCUGACCUGCGGUACAAAGGUCUCCUCUAUGAAAUCCAGCACAAGACCACCUUUGAUGCCGAGUGGCAGUCCAACGAGGCAAAAACCUGCAAUGUCACCCUCAGCGAUCUGGAUGCUGAGAAGUGCUAUUUCUUCCGGGCCAGAGUGAAAACACUGGAGUCCAGCUACGGCCCUGACACAUACCCAAGCGACUGGUCGCAGGUGAUGCAUCAGCAGCAGGGGAAGCUCAGAGAUUCGUGCCAGGACAAGAGGCUGUCCCCAAAUUUUCUUUUAAUUACUGGUAUGAUCAUCUUCCUGACAGUGUCCCUUCUCUUUCUGUCUUUAUGGAAACUACAGAGGAUUAAGAAGGUCCUUAUGCCCAGUGUUCCAGACCCCAAAUCCACCUUCUCGGGGCUCUUUGAGUCUCACCAAGGAAACUUCCAGGAGUGGAUCAAGGACACUCAGAACGUGACCCACCUGAACAAGACGGAGGAGAGGGAGCAGGCGUGCAUCCUGGAGGAGGCCGUGGUGGUCCAGCUGGCCGAGGCCGAGAGGCCCAAGACAAUGCCGAAUAGCCCCAUGGGCCUGCAGAUGGGGGAGGAAGAGGCUGCCGGGGACCCCUGCCGCCUCCCUUGCCAGUCCCCACAGGGCUGUCAGGUGGCCUCUCUCCAGGGUUUUACUUUUGUGAUGAGUGACAACUCUUAUAUGAUAUUAUGAGGGGGUGCAAACUCAGCAGCCAGCAUCAGAAUCUAUGGGAGGUGGGACCCAAGAGAUGAUAACGGGGGCUCAACAGCAGAAUCCAUCAUGCUGGCGUCUGGGUCCCCCAGUACACUAACUGCCCAGCUGAGGCAUCCCUUUGAAGCGGAUACAUAAGGGCUUGAGGAUCAGCUCUCUAGAGGUGGCAGACUCUUGGUUACACUGGUUGUUGCUCUCAGCUGGCACCUCUUCCGGGUUCACGUAAAUUGUAAGGACGGACGGCCAGGGUACGUGGAAACCACCCUCCUUCAUGCGUGCCCAGCCAGUCCGGGCCAUUUGCCACAUCCCUCAAAAGCGGUUCCUGGAUCCUCAGGUUCUUGGCUCACAUACCCAGCUGGGGAGGCGCGGCACCCCCGAGGAGGCAAGGAAUCCCGCUUGGCCCACACCAGCCAGCCACCCCAUUCUUGCUCCAAAGGGGAAACGAUCCCUGUUGCAACCCCUGAGGCAUUUUGUUAAGCAGACUCUAUUUUAAUUCCUGCAUUCACAUGCUGGACCUGGACGGUGCUUUGCAGCUAAGAGAUAUAUGAAUAUAAAAGCAGUCUACAUGGGCGUUCCCGCUGCGGUGCAAUGGGUUAAGGAUCCAACUGCAGUGGCUCUGGUCGUGGCAGGG